UGUGAGUUGACCUAACCUAAUAUUUUUUAAUUGAAAUUUGAAAUGUUUUAAAAGUAAUAUUGUGAUAUUAAUACAACACUAAAUGAAUAUGAAUAUAACUAAACAGUUAUUAAGACUGCCAAAACACCUAACUUCAAGUUUCCUUCAACCUUAUUCAGUUACUCAAUCAGCACAAGUAGCAGAAGGUGAAGCUGAUAAGUUGUUAAGAGUAUUAGAGUUGGAGCUCAGAGGGAAUGAUCCAGCUGUAUUAAGAAGUUUCACAAAAUUUGCUGUAACAACAGGAAAUCACUUUGAUCUCGAAAGCAAAUCAUGGAGCAUAAAGAAGCCGCAACAUGAUAGAUAUACAGUUCUAAAAUGUGUACAUAUUUAUAAGAAGCAUAGGGUACAGUACGAGUUCAGAACAUACUUUGCACAUGUACAGUUCAAACAUUUAACUGGUUCAACAGCUGAAACUUUAUUGGAAUAUAUUGAAAGAAAUCUACCUGAAGGAGUUGCUCUUAAAGCUACAAAGGUUGAACUGCAAAGACUCCCGGAACACUUAGUUCCUCCAGAAUAAAUAUAUUUGCAGUUGAAUUGAAAUA